GAAUUCAAAUUAUAACCAUUUAUUAAUUUCUUCUGAAAUGAGGUAAUCACGUCUGAGACCUUUUUUUAAUUUUAAAUCAUAAGCAAAGUUGUUUAAUAGCCAGAAAAAUGUUUAGUCAAGAUGCAUGCUACUGUAAUUGUGACGGAAUGGCAGAAAGUAUAUCUCGAUGCUAUGGAAAUUCUACAUUUUUUUUUUUUUACUAUAACGAAUGAAAAAAAAAGGGGGGGGGGGAAUCAAAUUAAAGAGCGGAUUAGGUUUUCAGAAUAUCUUUUGUUCGAUUCCCAACCUGUGGGUUCUGAGGUUCUUGACCAAUACUUUCACAGUGUUGCUGACGUCACGCACCUAAAGGUAGGGUCACAAGUAGGAUUCUUAAAAAAAAAAAAGUUUUAUGAUUGAACACGAGUCAAAGAGAAAAUUAUUAUUUCCGAUGGCAAUAAUAGGAGUCACGCAGACAUCUUAGACUCUCAAUACCCGGAAAGGGUAUAUUUCCUAUUCUGUUUAACACGCUCACGGUAUCGAAGUUCGGAUGUUAAGAUCUUAAUUUGACUUACUUGUAAGUUGAAUGUGUCAAUGGCAAAAAAUAAGUUACCAACUUCUUGGUCACUGUUUAUUUUCUCGGCCUUUUGUCAUGGGUUGAAAAUGCAACUGAUAUUUAAUCUUCCUCAUUUAUACUAUCAUCCCUGUUAAUUCUUAUCUUCCCUGUUAAUUCUCAUCUUCCCUGUUAAUUCUCAUCUUCCCUGUUAAUUCUCAUCUUCCCAAUUUAUUCUCAUCUUCCUUAUUACUUCUCAUCUUCCCUAUUCAUUCUCAUCUUCCCUAUUAAUUCUCAUCUUGCUUAUUUAUUCCCAUCUUCCCUAUUUAUUCUCAUCUUCCUAUUUAUUCUCAUCUUCCCUAUUAAUUCUCAUCUUCCCUAUUUAUUCUCAUCUUCUCUAUUUAUUCUCAUUCUUCCUUAUUUAUUCUAAUCUUCAUUAUUUAUUCUCAUCUUCCCUAUUUUUUCUCAUCUUCCCGAUUAAUUCUCAUCUUGCUUAUUUAUUCUCAUGUUCCCUAUUUAUUCUCAUCUUCCUAUUUAUUCUCAUCUUCCCUAUUAAUUCUCAUCUUCCCUAUUUAUUCUCAUCUUCUCUAUUUAUUCUCAUCUUCCUUAUUUAUUCUCAUCGUCCUUAUUUAUUCUCACCUUCCCUAUUAAUUCUAAUCUUCCCUAUUUAUUCUCAUCUUCAUUAUUUAUUCUCAUUUUCCCUAUUUAUUCUCAUCUUCCCUAUUUAUUCUCAUCUUCCCUAUUUAUUCUCAUCUUCCUUAUUUAUUCUCACCUUCCCUAUUAAUUCUCAUCUUCUCUAUUUAUUCUCAUUCUUCCUUUUUAUUCUCAUCUUCAUUAUUUAGUUUCAUCUUCCCUAUUUAUUCUCAUCUUCCUUAUUUAUUCUCAUCUUCCUUAUUUAUUCUCACCUUACCUAUCAAUUCACAUCUUCCCUAUUUAUUCUCAUCUUCAUUAUUUAUUCUCAUCUUCCUUAUUACUUUUCAUCUUCCCUAUUUAUUCUCAUCUUCCCUAUUAAUUCUCAUCUUCCCUAUUUAUUCUCAUCUUCCCGAUUAAUUCUCAUCUUGCUUUUUUAUUCUCAUCUUCCCUAUUUAUUCUCAUCUUCCUAUUUAUUCUCAUCUUCCCUAUUAAUUCUCAUCUUCCCUAUUUAUUCUCAUCUUCUCUACCUAUUUUCAUUCCUUCUUAUUUAUUCUCAUCUUCAUUAUUUAUUCUCAUCUUCCCUAUUUAUUCUCAUCUUCCUUAUUUAUUCUCAUCGUCCUUAUUUAUUCUCACCUUCCCUAUUAACUAUCAUCUUUCCUAUUUAUUCUCAUCUUCAUUAUUUAUUCUCAUUUUCCCUAUUUAUUCUCAUCUUCCAUAUUUAUUCUCACCUUCCCUAUUAGUUUUCAUCUUCUCUAUUUAUUCUCCUCUUCCCGAUUAAUUCUCAUCUUGCUUAUUUAUUCUCAUCUUCCCUAUUUAUUCUCAUCUUCCUUAUUUAUUCUCAUCGUCCCUAUUAAUUCUCAUCUCCCCCAUUAAUUCUCAUCUUCCCUAUUUAUUCUCAUUUUCCAUAUUUAUUCUCAUCUUCAUUAUUUAUUCUCAUCUUCCUUAUUUAUUCUCACCUUCCCUAUUAAUUCUCAUCUUCUCUAUUUAUUCUCCUCUUCCCGAUUAAUUCUCAUCUUGCUUAUUUAUUCUCAUCUUCCCUAUUUAUUCUCAUCUUCCCUAUUUAUUCUCAUCUUCCCUAUUUAUUUUCAUCUUCCUUAUUUAUUCUCACCUGCCCUAUUAAUUCUCAUCUUCUCUAUUUAUUCUCAUUCUUCCUUAUUUAUUCUCAUCUUCCUUAAUUAUUCUCAUCUUCCUUAUUUAUUCUCACCUUCCCUAUUAAUUCUCAUCUUCCCUAUUUAUUCUCAUCUUCAUUAUUUAUUCUAAUCUUUAUUAUUUAUUCUCAUCUUCCUUAUUUAUUCUCACCUUCCCUUUUAAAUCUCAUCUUCCCUAUUUAUUCUCCUCUUCCCGAUUAAUUCUCAUCUUGCUUAUUUAUUCUCAUCUUCCCUAUUUUCAUCUCAUCGUCCCUAUUUAUUUAUUCUCAUCUUCCUUAUUUAUUCUCAUCUUCCCUAUUAAUUCUCAUCUUCCCUAUUUAUUCUCAUCUUCUCUAUUUUUUCUCAUUCUUCCCGAUUAAUUCUCAUCUUGCUUAUUUAUUCUUAUCUUCCCUAUUUAUUCUCAUCUUCCUUAUUUAUUCUCAUCUUCCCUAUUUAUUCUCAUCUUCCCUAUGUAUUCUCAUCUUCCCUAUUUAUUCUCAUCCUAAACAGGACGUUGGUUUGCUUUUUGUCCGCUGUCCUGCUGACCGUCAGGGCGGACACCGACGUGACCAUCACAUCACACUGGAGCGGGGGGUUCCAGGGAGACGUUUGCAUCCCGGUGACUGCAGACAUUCAUUCGUGGACCAUGACAGUCAACUUUGACCAGCCCAUCGCCAGCAUGGAUGUGAGUGUUUUACUUAGUUUUAAUAUUAACAUAUUGCCAGGGUGUACAUUCUAAGUGACGAUGGUAUCCAAUCACAAGAUCAGACAUUAGACAUUCGACCAGUCAGAUGCUAUCAUUGGCAACACUCUUCAAGUAUGCCAUUAAGAGUCCUGACCUAGGUUUAAACUAUGUUUCGGUAUAAACAAGCAAUUAUUAUUUUUUUUUAAAGAAAAUAUCCUUAUUGUAGUAGGGCGAUGUUGUGUGUCAUAUGGUGUGAGAUUUCAUAACUAUGAAGGAUGUUGUGAAAUGUUUUUUUGAUAGAUGUGUUCCUGAGAUUGUUUAGAAUGGAAGAAACGGAUUUCAGGCCAUGGGGAAUGUUUGGAUCCGGAGACCCGGGUGGUCCGAGGAAAGUGUGUGGGAUGUGAAAAGGUUUAAACGAGAUGGUGCUUGUUGUUUGUGUUCCGUCGAGAAUUCACCGAGACACAACUUACUCAUCAUUUGUCAAAAAUUGGGUGCACGCUGGUGCGGCCCUUCUCGGGUUUGUACGGCGCUGCUCCCGGACGCCCAUUUAGACAUGUAUUUGCUCCCACAAAAGUGGAUAUGGCCCUGGAUGUGGAUUUCCCCAGACUGCUCUCAAAGUUCUUAUGUUGCUAUCUUGACACCCCUUGAGAGUAAAUAUUGUCGCGUGCCUCUGCUAGUUUGAAUAUAAUUAACGUAGGUACAUUUUUAAAAGACCAGGUAUAUAAAGGGGGACAAUGCGUGAGCUUUUCAUGACGGCAGAUUGAGUUCAUAGACAUUUGUAGAUCAGCCCCCUCUGGUAAAUUGAUUGUAAAACUUUAUGGAAUUCUCUUGCAAUAGGUGUGGGCGGCUGACAUCAAAGAGACAUCGGAUGGCGGCAAAGUUUAUGUUCUGACCAACAAAGCCUGGAACAAAGACGAGCACGUGGGAGAGAAAGUGUGUUUGACCUUCCAGGGUCAUGGUCAGUGGACUUUAGGGCCGCCUAUUUACAAUUUUAUAUAAUUAAAAAUCUCGACCUUCGUACUCUCUAAGCUUCUUUUGGGCUGUAUGAUGACAAUUCGAAAUUAUAACAUGCUCGAAAUAAGCCAAAGAUUUUUAUGAUGAAAGAGUACAUUUAUAUAGUGAGAGAAGGUGCAUUAGAAUAUUGCUUCCGUGGCCUUAGAUUUAGACUAUUGUUUCGGGUGCAAAUGAUAUAAUAUAUUUAAUUCAUUUUUAAAAAAACUUUUGCUUUUUUUAAAUUCAUUUUUAAAAAUCUUCUCAUUCGGAAUGGACGAUUAGUAGCAAAUAUUUCAGGUGUACUUAAUUAAAACAGGUUAUACUGGAACUCACGUAACUUGUUUAUUACUUCAUUAUACAGACAAUCGAUUUUAUCGGGGUUUUUUUGUUGUUGUUUUUUUUAAAUUUUAACUAAUCUUUAAAAAUUAUUUUAAAUUUCUGACCUACUUUUUAUCAUUGCACGUCUUGUCAAAAAGUAAAUAAUCAUUAUGUUGAUGUGUGGCAAUUUUCAUACUAGAUCCAGCAAUAAUUUUUUGUUUCAUACUCUCUAACUAAAAGUGCAAGUCAUUAUUUUAUGAUCCUAAAACAAGAAAACUCGAUUAUUUUUUUGAAUGACGUCAUCUCUUCGUCUCCAGGAAAUGGCGAUAUUGUGCCCAAGGCGACGGCCAGCUUGGAUAUUGGUGGUGCCACAGCCGGCACGGGUGUCACGAUAACAGUGACAACAUCAGCUUCUACCACACCGUCCACCACAACAUCCACCACAACGCCGACCACCACAUCGACCACCACGCCUACUACUACAACGACAACCACACAAGCUCCAACCACAAGUGAGUCAUUGAAUGAGUCAUUAAAAAUGAAGAUAUCUAGACCACUACAAGCUAGAUUACAUAGAAAUCCAAGUAUCUUAGAACGCCAUAAAAAACUAGAUUACACAGAGAUCAAGAUAGCUAGAACACUAUACAAGCUAGAUUACAUAGAAAAAAAGAUUUCAUCAUCACUAUGCAAG